ACGUCACAACCUCAGGUGAUUAGGCCAACUUCAAGCCUUCCCACUCUUUUGGUUCUUUUGACUGCCCAGUAACAACCCGUGGAUGGCUGCCGGAUUCCAACAUAGUCUUCUAGUGAUACAUACUGAGACACCAAUGGAUCCAUAGAACAUCGGGUAAAAACUUACAGAAAGAAGGAUGGCGGCUGUCACAGGGACCAUCUCGGGAACGAGUACUCCAUUUCGAGACUGUGAAUCCAGAAAUGGUUCUGACAGUACACCAAAACGAAGGACCCCCUCCCUCAAUGGAAGUGCUAAAUUUAGACGCGUGUCAUCCGGAAGAAGUGGCCAUAGCAGUGCUAGUCCUCAAAGCGUCAUUUCUGUUGAAGACAAAAUGGCUGCGUUGCAAACUCUCUUUUCUGAUAAAUUGUUGAUAACUGAGCUUAGAGGACAACAUGGCGCAACUCGUAGAGUAGAAAAUGAUUAUAAUCUCGAUGAAGAAGACGACGAUACAUUUACUGUGUCCGACUACCCCACUGAUGGCCGUUACUCCAAGGAAACAGAUUACGAAACAGAUCUUGAUAUGGACUAUGAUGAAUGGAUUAACGAAGAGGAAAUUGAACUGAAAAACGAUCGAACUGGGGAAAGGCAAUAUAUUCACAUGUGCAAUGAAACUGGUGUUAUUCCAGUAUCCUAUUUCCUAAAACAUAUUCAGGACAAGGAGUUCCGAAUGAGAUUUCAUGGUCUCGGGCCUCUUGGUGCUAAAGCUAUUGCAUACCCAAUGAAGAGCAACAAGAAAAUCGAAGUGCUUAAUUUGGAGGGAAACUGGAUUCUCGGUGAGGGAUCGGAAUACUUAGCCAGGAUGCUAAUUGGCAACUUUUGCAUUACAGAGUUGUAUCUCGGAGAAAACAGAAUAGGCGAUAGCGGGGCAGAAGCGAUGGCAGAUUUGUUAUCUAAGAACGACACCAUUGUAACUAUUGACCUGUCAGGGAACGAGAUCAACGAUAACGGGGCUGAGAAACUCUGUACCACACUACUGAAAAACUCCACCGUCAAGCAUCUAUAUUUGGCUAAUAAUCGUUUGGAGGAGAGGGCCGCCAUAGCGCUUAGGGAGCUGCUCUCCCAUAACGAGGUCAUUGAAACACUCGACCUGAGCUGGAAUCACUUCAGGACAAAGGGCGCAGUGGCGUUGGGCGAAGGACUAAUGGAAAAUUACGGACUACGAAGUAUGAAGUUGGCAAUGAACGGACUUGGCAGGGAUGGAUCAGAAGCUCUUGGAAAGGCCUUAAAGAUAAACAGAACCCUUAAAUAUCUAAAUGUUUCCCACAAUAGAAUCCCAGAACGAGGCGCCAUUUCGAUUGCAACAGGGUUACAAGCCAAUGACUGUCUGGAGACACUACGAAUCGGAUCCAAUCCCCUUGGACAUGGCGGACCAAUAGCCAUCAUCACAGAGGUCAGCAAAAACGACAUGAGCUCUAUACAGACGUUAGAUUUCUCGCAUGUGCUGGUCAUAUCCGAGUUCAUAGAGCUCCAGGAAAAUCUCGAGGCCGCGCGUGCAAUGACCAUAACCCACGGAGGGAUCGUUGGAGAGAAAUAUGAAAUGGAUUAUUUGACUCAUGACCCUUUGGCAGAGUUCAGACGUGACCCAGUUAACAGACUGUUUGAAUAUGCAAAAGACACAGGAUAUCGACUCAUUGAUUUAUUCAAAGAUUUCGACAAAGACAAGAACAACUCUAUCAGCAAGGACGAAUUUAUUUUAGGAUUAAAGAGAGCUGGCAUGAAGAUCAGUGUCCGCCAAAUGGAAAUUUUAUUGGAAAAACUCGACACAAACAAAGACGGUAACGUAGACUAUGGUGAACUGAUUGACGCAGACGCAGCGUACAGACUCCAACAGCGACAACUUAUGAAGAGUCGAGAUUCUGUAAAGUCGAGGGAGACUAGACCUGAAUUUCGGCUGGAACGAACCGAAUCUAUACUGACCAAAGAAAUGUUAGAAGGUCCUUGACAGUGUGAUAUAGUAUCUCGGAGAUAUAAGUGCUAUUUCAAAUUAGCUCAAAUCAUAAACUACGAAUAUCAGUGUUAUGAGUAUAUCGCUGCUGAGAAUUCAGCAGUGAUAAAUCGAGAGGUAAUAUGAUUACCGGUAUUUGUAAUGAGUUCAUUCCGAUGUGGUAUUUGUAAUGCGUUUAUGAAUCUACCUCCAACCGAGAAAUGAAACAACUCUGUGUAUUUCUUAUCAAACGCGUAACUGGGACAUUUUAAAAGGCACCAAUAUUAAUGGCUGUUGAAAUAUGACCAAUAUACAUGGACAUGGAUUCUUCUAUGUAAAGACAUAAUUAUGGAUAUGUUUGAUUACGGAGAUGUUUGAAUGACAUGUCAAAUAUUGAGUUCGUUUUUGGUUCUAAGUCUAGACUGUAUAUGUGAUUUGGUGUAAGAGUAUGAUAUCUAUUGGUUCCGUAAUAGUUCUCUUUGUUUUCGUGUGUCACAGAUACAUUCCACAUUCCAAAAAUAUAUUGUUAGCACUUCAUAGGUACGUUUCAUACCUAUGCAAUUUACAUGCUAUUUAGGAGUGUAUGUAUAUUUAUAUAUGUAAACAUAAAUGACACAACAAGACAAUUCCGGUUGAAUAUCGCUAACGUUUAUUUAACGAUAUUUAUAUAUAUAUAUAUAUAUAUCAAAACAUAAACUAAACAAAUGAACAAUGGUUAACAUAAUAACAAAGAUUAUUAUGUUUGGUGCGUCACAUGUUUAUUUCCAUUAUGUGACCUAUUUAUAAUAUUUCCAUGAAAUAUUUAUUUAUAUACAUACGUAUCAUUAAAGAAACACAUAUUUACAUAUUCAA